AUGGAUCAAUUCUUAUCAGCGGCUUCGCACAUUCAAACAUUUGGUGGCAUACUAGACGAUCCCGAAAUUGUGGUUACCCUCGCUUCCGAAUCCCUGAUUACCUUCAGCUCCAAGACAAGUGGUGACUUCGAUGGAGUCGACAUAUUGUUUUCUGGUACGGAAUUUCCUAAGAGUAUCAUUGUCACAGGACUUCUGGGUGGAUAUGUCAAGGUCGGCAAUGCAUUGGCCGGUAACCCACACAAACCUCAACCCCAGUGUAACUUGGAUGCGUCGCGAGAAGGGGUAUACAAGAGUGGUGGUAAACGCAUCGAGAUAACUGGCGGUGUUGACAUGUUUGUGUCUGCCGAGGUGCUUGACGAUGUCUCGCUUCCUAGACGGGUUGAAGGACCCUUUGAAAUUCACAAACAGGGCGCAGAAGAGUUACAGCCGGCCCUGUCCGUCUAUUUCGUUGGAAGGGAGUCCAGUGGCGGCAAGGCCAUGACGAGUCCAAUUUUUAUAUUGUACUGA